CAUGGUUUGGCUGGUGGCUGGUAGUUGGACAGACAGAUAGGUGAGACGGAACAGCCCGGUGAGUAGAGUCGUCGAUCCACGGGCUAGGAACAGCUUGCAAGCUUCUCCCUCCUCUGUUCUGGCCGCAAAUCCCAAAUACCAAGUACGUUGACUCCCCAAUCCGUAUCCGGCCGCUGAUGGACCCUUCUCCGGCCGCAGCUGCCCGCCGCGCGGCCGCGAUCUGCCGCCACCUCGAUGGCCUCUCCACCGGCGCCGCUGCCGUUGCCGCGCUGCAGUCCUCCCCAUGCCUGAGCUACGCGCCGCCCGAAUCGACUGAGAACCCGCCGGCGUUCUCGCCGAUUGAGCUCCGGGCGCUCCUCGACGGGCACCACCUGAGGGAGCGCGACUGGUUGUUCGGCGCGAUGGAGGAGAGCCCGCUGUUCUGCCCCCGACGCGUCGGCGGCGGCGGCGGUGGCGGGAAGGUGUUUGUGUCGCCGGACUACAACGAGGGGAAGGAGGGGCAGCGGGAGGCCACCAUGCGGCGGAUCGCGUACCUGACGGGUCGAGGCGUGUUCCGGGGCUGGCUCACGGAGCCAGGGCCCGACGCCGAGCUUCGCAAGCUCGCGAUGCUCGACUGCCUCGGCGUCUACGAUCAUUCCCUCGCCAUCAAGGUCGGCGUCCACUUCUUCCUCUGGGGCAGCGCUAUCAAAUUUCUUGGAACGAAGCGCCACCACGACAAAUGGUUGGUGGAAACAGAAAACUAUGUUAUCAAAGGUUGUUUUGCAAUGACUGAGCUGGGCCAUGGGAGCAAUGUACGAGGAAUUGAGACAAUAGCAACUUAUGAUUCCAAAUCAAGAGAGUUUGUCAUAAAUACUCCUUGCGAAUCAGCUCAGAAGUACUGGAUCGGCGGAGCAGCUAAUCAUGCUACACAUACAAUAGUCUUUGCUCAGCUUCAUAUAAAUGGAAGAAACGAAGGAGUUCAUGCUUUCGUAGCUCAGAUUAGGGAUCAAGAUGAAAGUGUAUUGCCUAAUAUCCACAUAGCUGACUGCGGCCAUAAGAUUGGACUAAAUGGUGUUGAUAAUGGUCGGAUUUGGUUUCAGAAUGUACGUGUUCCUCGAGAGAACUUGCUGAAUCUGGUUGCUGAUGUUUUGCCAGAUGGGGAAUAUGUUAGCAUGAUAGAUAACCCAGAUCAGAGGUUUGCAGCAUUUUUGUCUCCCCUUACGCUUGGUCGAGUCAAUAUUGCGGUUAACUCUGUUUAUAUUUCAAAGGUAGGCCUAGCAAUUGCUGUGAGAUAUGCUUUGUCAAGGAGGGCCUUUUCGAUUACACCGGAUGGUCCUGAAAUGCUGUUACUUGAUUAUCCCAGUCACCAGCGACGCCUCCUACCUUUGCUCGCAAAAGUAUGUCUGAUGAGCAGCGCUGGUAAUUUUAUGAAAAAGAUGUAUGUGAAGAGAACCCCUGAAGCUAGUAAAGCAAUACACAUUUACUCUAGUGCUCUGAAAGCUACACUAACCUGGCAGAAUAUGACCACGCUUCAGGAGUGUCGUGAGGCCUGUGGUGGCCAAGGUUUGAAGACUGAGAACCGUGUAGGAAUAUUUAAAGCUGAAUUUGAUGUCCAGUCUACAUUUGAGGGGGACAAUAAUGUUCUACUGCAGCAGGUAAGCAAAGCCCUGUACGCUGAAUUCAUAGCAACACAAAGGAAGAAGAAGCCGUUCAAGGGAUUGGGAUUGGAACAUUUGAACGGUCCUUGCCCUAUUAUUCCUGAUAGCCUGACAAGUGGCAUAUUAAGGAGCUCCAAGUUCCAGAUGGAUUUGUUCUGCUUAAGGGAGCGCAAUUUACUAAAACAAUUCACUGAGGAUGUAUCUCACCAUCUGGCACAAGGGGAAAGCAGAGAGAAGGCUUUGAUGCUGAGCUACCAAAUUGCUGAAGACUUGGCUAGAGCAUUUACUGAGCGCACAAUUUUACAAAUAUUUUUGGAGGACGAGAUGAAUGCUACUGCUGGUUCUUUAAAGGACGUAUUGGGCUUACUGAGGUCUAUGUAUGUCAUGACCUGCAUCGAUGAAUCUGCAUCUUUUCUGAGAUAUGGUUAUUUGUCACGGGACAAUGUAGCCACUGUGAGGAAAGAAGUCAUGACACUAUGCAGUAAUCUCAGGCCCCAUGUGCUUGCUAUUGUCAGUUCUUUUGGAAUCCCCGAUGCCUUCCUUAGCCCACUUGCUUUUGACUGGAUCGAGGCAAAUGCGCUAUCUUCGUCAAGCCAAUGACUUUACCCCUUCAGAUACCACUGAGAGGUAGUCCUGUGAAAAUGCUAUGGAUGGGCGGUCAACCACACAUCACAUUCAUAGACAGGUGCAUCUGUUGCUUCCUGUCGUUUACACAGUUUGCAAUAAUUGUUUGUUCAAGUGUACAGUCGAAGAUGCUGACCUAUACGGAAAAGGGAGUUAUAUGUAUACAUCAGUUCAUGUAUUAGCUCUGUUUAUAUUAUCGCAUAAACUGAAUAAGUGUAUGUAACCCUGCACUGCAUCUGCAUGUACCAGGCAGGGACUUACAUCGGAAAUAACUCAGGCAGUGCUGUAGCCUGUAGCUCUUGUACAAGUUGAAUUUCCGCUGUCCAGUGUCAUUGAGAAUACGAAGCUAGCAUGUAUCUACUGGUGUGUCAAAUGACACAGAGAAAUUCUUGCCAA